GUGGCGAGGCAACAGAUCCAUAGGACUCGACUUCGAGAACGAGCCCUACCGAUUUUCAGCUAACAACUCUCGGCUUCGACGAUGUCCAUCUUCCUCCUCUCCGCGCUUAUUCUGGCUGGCGGCGCGCACGCGGCGAGCGUCAACGUGAAGCGCUGCAACGCGUACGAGGGCGGUGUGCCGGUGCCCACUAGCCAGAUCUCGAACAGCAAGGUCAUCGAGAUUGCCGCGGGACAGACCUACGAUGGCGGUUGGGCGAAGUACGAUCGCGGUUCGGGGGCUUGCAAUGAGCAGAGCGAGGGUGACUGGGAGGACGCGGUCUUCUACCUUCACGAGGGUGCUACGCUCCAGAACGUGAUCAUCGGCGCAAAUCAGGCUGAAGGCGUCCACUGUGACGGGCACUGUGACCUCAGAUUCGUUUGGUUCGAAGAUGUCUGCGAGGACGCCAUAUCUAUCAAGAACGAUGCCGCCGGCUCAUACUCUAACAUUAUCGGCGGCGGCGCGUACCACGCCGAGGACAAGGUCGUGCAGCACAACGGGUGCGGGACUGUCAACAUCAUCAACUUCUACGUCGAGGACUACGGCAAGCUCUAUCGCUCGUGCGGCAACUGCUCCAAGCAAUGCAAGCGUAAUGUGUACAUCGAGGGCGUUGAGGCCGUGGACGGCGGCACGCUCGCGGGCAUAAACUACAAUUACGGCGACACUGCAACUAUUAUCGAUGCGUGCUACGACACGUCGCACCCCUGCACGCUCUAUGAUGGCUGCGCUGGCGGAUGCGAGCCCGAGGUUGUUGGGUACUGCUCUGGCUGAGAGGGUCAAACCUGGCUUGGAUCUUGAUGUACU